AUGUCUAUUGCGAGCAAGCCCGAGUUUGAGCCGCCGAAUGGUGGGUGGAAGGCAUGGCGGACUGUAUUUGGCUCAUUCCUAUUGCAGACCUCGUCAUACGGCUAUGUUACAGCAUGCGGUGUCUUCACUCUAUACUACAAACAGGUUAUGUUGCCAGAACGGUCAGCUUCUCAGCUGGGCUGGAUCGCUACCAUCGCUGUAUUUCUCAUUUUCGGUGUUGGCAUACCAAUUGGCGCUCUUGUAGACCGCUACGGCACUCGUCCUGUGGUGGCCCCGUUCGUUGCUCUGGGGAUUGUAUCUCUCGGUCUGCUUAGUCUCUGCAAAACGUACUGGCAGAUUAUGCUCUGCCAGGGGGUCGCUUUUGGUCUAGCCUGCUCUGGCACAACUCUUCCUGCGGUUAUUUGUGUCACUCAAUGGUUCUCAACAAAGCGCGGACUUGCCGUUGGCUUGGCAAGUUCCGGGAGCAGUUUUGGGGGUCUGAUUUUCCCUAUCAUGGUCUCUCGUUUGAUUGAUAGCCACGGGUUCAAAACAGCGAUCCACUGGUCUACACUAGUCGUUGGCUGUUGUAUGAUAGUCGGUGUGAUUUGCUGUGAGGGGCCAUUUCCUCCAACGCGCAUGGCUGCCCUCAAAGAAAGGGAAGCAACCGCCAAUCCUUCCUUGGAAUCCACGAAAUCGGAUGAAAAGCAUGAGCAUGACACAGAUGAUCUGGGUCCACCAUGCUCCGCGGAAGGUCCAACGGCCCCCGAUCAGCCCGCAAGUAAGCCUUCUGAUGUGCGCCGCAAUCUCGGUCCAUGGAUAGCUUUCUGUCUCGGUGUCUUCUGCUGCACGUUCUCCCUCCUGGUUCCUUACGACUACCUACCAACCAUCGCUGUGGAACAGGGGAUGAAGCAAGACCUGGCUCAAUAUACGCUUGCCAUGAUCAAUGCUGGGUCCAUGAUUGGACGCAUUAUACCGGGGUUUCUAUCUGACCACAUUGGUCAAUUUAAUGUCAUGGUCCUCGUCAGCACACUUUCCGCCAUUGCACUACUAGCGAUCUGGUUUCCCGUCUAUUACUUCCCUACCAACAGCGGAAUCAUCUUCUUCGCCUUAUUUUACGGAUUUGUCUCCGGUGGAUAUACCACUCUACUAUCACCUUGCGUUGUCGCCCUAGUAGAUGGACAGGUGACCGGUCUCGGUCUCAAGUUUGGUGUCGCCUGCAUAUGUCUCGCAUUUGGGGCUCUGGUGGGAAUUCCUGUUAGUGGCGCCGUGGCUGAUAACACUGGUAACUGGGGCGGGUUGAUCGGCCUUUCUGGUGCUAUGAUGGCUCUUGGCGCUUUGUGUUUCAUCUUUUCUCGUGUGCAAAUGGGUGGCUGGAACCCGAUGGUCAAGGUCUAG